AGGAGUUGAUGAAGAGCCUUACCUUACCUCUCCUGUCUCUGCUCUCAGUUUUAUUCCGGUUGAAAUUAAGUAAACGUGCCCGUGGUUUGGAUUUUUGAAGUGCUCGAUGUCUGAAACGAGGUCCCCACUUCCUCUGCUGUUCCGGAGGCACUCGAGCGGUGAGAUGAAGAACUUGGCAUCUGUUUCCAGCAGCCUCUUGCCUGCUUUCGGUACUGUGGUCAAUGAGAACUACCUGCAGCUUAAGAAAUAUGUGAUUGCUCCAUAUGAUAGGAGAUAUCGAAUAUGGCAAACUUUUCUGGUGGUACUGGUGGUGUACUCGGCAUGGGCAUCGCCGUUUGAGCUAGCUUUCAGAAAGGUCUCAACAGGGCCGCUCAUGAUCAUGGAUUUGGUAGUAGAUGGCUUCUUCGCUGUCGACAUAGUCCUAACAUUCUUCGUGGCUUACUUGGACAAGUCAACCUACCUCCUCGUAGAUGACCGCAAGAAGAUUGCAGCCCGGUAUCUCGCCAAGGUAUGGUUCCCCAUGGAUGUUGCAUCAACCCUUCCAUUUCAGACGAUAUAUAGAAUCUUCACCGGGAAGAGGGACAAGGGUGAUGUCUUCGGCUUCCUCAACUUGCUUAGGCUAUGGCGUCUCAGGCGGGUCAGUGAGCUCUUCUCAAGGCUAGAGAAAGAUACUCGCUUUAGCUACUUCUGGACAAGAUGCUGCAAGCUCAUAUGUGUUACACUAUUUGCAGUUCACUCAGCUGGUUGUUUCUACUUUUGGCUAGCAACACACCACAAAAAAGCAGAAAACACAUGGAUAGGGAGUCAGGUAUCUGGUUUCGAGGAUAGAAGCAUUUGGUUGGGAUACACCUAUUCCAUGUACUGGUCUAUUGUCACUCUCGCGACGGUCGGCUAUGGAGACCUGCAUGCUGUUAACACGGGAGAGAAGAUCUUUAACAUGAUCUAUAUGCUGUUCAAUAUCGGCCUCACAGCUUACUUGAUCGGUAACAUGACGAAUCUCAUCGUCCACAGCGCCAUUCGGACCUUCGCGAUGAGGGAUGCUAUCAAUGAGAUACUGCGUUAUGCGAGCAAGAACAGACUCCCGGAAGGCCUGAAAGAGCAAAUGCUGGCACAUAUGCAACUCAAAUUCAAGACGGCUGAAUUGCAACAGGAAGAAGUGCUUGAGGAUCUACCAAAGGCUAUCAGAACAAGCAUCGCCCAACAUCUCUUCCGUAACAGAGUCGAAAAUGCCUACCUAUUCAAAGGAGUCUCCGUGGAUCUAAUCGUCCAACUGGUAGCAGAGAUGAAAGCAGAAUAUUUUCCACCUAAGGUUGAAAUCAUCUUGCAAAAUGAGAUCCCAACGGAUUUCUACAUUAUAGUGUCUGGAGCAGUGGAUAUCCUAACUUACAAGAAUGGGAUGGAGCAGCAAUUGACAAAACUAGGGUCGUCGGAAAUGGUGGGAGAAAUUGGGGUGAUUUUCAAUAUCCCCCAGCCUUUUACGGUAAGGACUAAAAGGCUCUCCCAAGUUGUCCGUAUCAGUCAUCAUCAUUUCAAGCAAAUGGUGCAACCUCAUAGCCCUGAUGGAAAGAAAAUCAUUUGCAACUUCAUUCAGUACUUGAAGGGCUUGAAACAAGAGGUGGUAGAGGAGAUUGCAUUCCUAACGGAAACACUGGGUGAUAUUGACAUCGAGCGUAUGUUAUCAAAUGAAGAACAGCAGCAUGACGGCAACAUAAGUGGAAAUGAAGAUGGGAAUGAAACAAAAAACACAUCAACUCCAUUGUCAGACACACUUCCCAUUAGGGUGAUUAUUCAUGGACAUCAUCCCAAUGAAAACGAUAUGGAAGGUGACUCUGCUGGAAAACUAAUACAUUUGCCUAGCUCUGUAGAAGACCUUUUGGAAAUUGCAGAGAAGAAGUUUGGCAAAAAAGGAACUACAAUUCUCAUGGCUGAAGGAUCCAAAGUGGAAGAUUUGGAUGUUUUGAGAGAGAAUGAUCAUCUGUAUAUCUUUUAAAUUAAACUGAGUGUACUGAACACUAGAUGAUGCUUUCCAACGGCAGAAAAUGAAGCAAUGCAUCAUGGGAGAAUUCCACAAACUACAAUGAUGCAUUGACCCAUGGAAAGGACAAAAUGUAAGCUAGGAGCAUAAUUUCGAAAUGUAUCAUACUUCUGCUGAAAA